AGCAGCGGGCUGCGCUGGAUGACGUGAGGGCGGAGGAGGGAACAGACACGCACGCGGUGGAAAAGUGUGCGCGGCGCUUCUCUCCGGAGCGCCUUCGGAAAGGUUUCGGUCCUCCACCCCGUCUUAGUGAAGUGGUACUGCCCUUCCCAAUAAGUGUUGCAGGCCGAGCAUAAGGCGGGGUUGGUCACUGGCGAUUUGGAGUGUGUGUGUGGCGGGUGUCGCUGUGUCCCAGGGAAAAGUUCCUCCGCCAAGGAGGAGCAGUAACUCCGGGACGUGUUCCCAUGGCGGGCAGGUCCCUACCUGCGCUGCCCUUGAGCUGCUCGGGGCGCGCUGCUGCCCGCCUGUGUGGAGGGCCAGGAGUUUAAAUGGGAACCGCAUUCCUGCCCCCUCGUGCCGCUGCUUUCCGGCAGCUGUAGCGUUUCCUUGGGAUCGGCUGAAGUGUAGGGCGCGAUGUGCCCGGCGCUGGCGAAGGCGGCCCCGCAGGAGGAGGGCGAGCGCGGCUCCCGCAGGAGCGGCUGGGGCCUGCUGGUCACGGCCGGCCUGGGGGGCGCCCUGGUGGCCCUCUAUGCUGUGGCCGCCCCCUUCGUGAGCCCGGCCCUGAGGAAGGUGUGCCUGCCCUUCGUGCCUGCCACCGCCGAGCAGAUCCAGAAUGUGCUGAAAAUGUUGGAAAACAGAAGCGGCUCCCUAGUUGACAUUGGCAGCGGGGAUGGCCGCAUUGUGAUAGCAGCUGCAAAAAAGGGAUUCCAGGCUGUUGGAUAUGAAUUGAAUCCCUGGCUAGUCUGGUACUCCAGAUAUCGUGCCUGGAGAGAUGGAGUACAUCAGAACACCAAAUUUUAUAUUUCAGACUUAUGGAAGGUUUCUUUUUCCCAUUAUAGAAAUGUUGUUGUUUUUGGAGUACCUCAAAUGAUGCCACAGCUGGAGAAGAAGCUAGAGGAAGAACUUGAAUGUAAUGCCAGGAUCAUUGCGUGUCGCUUUCCUUUCCCUUGCUGGAUUCCAGAUCAUACUACUGGAGAGGGAAUAGACACUGUGUGGGCCUACGAUUUGAAACAUUCUAGAGCAUGUGAAACAAAAAGCUUGGAAAUUACACCAAAGACAGAAUCUUAAACAUUGAAUUUGGUUUCUUACAGAAAUUUUUAGCUUUGACUGGACCUGUUGAAGAUAAGAUUAACAUGGAGAGGGCCCUGGCAUAUGAAGAUGUGAAUUCACUGUAAGAACUGAAGUACAGUGGCUGUCUGAAAGCACACAAAGGUUACUGAAAGGUGUAGUUAAAUGGCUUAAUAUGGUGUUCUGGUUUAACUCCGUCUGGCAGUGGAGUACCACACAGAUGUUCACUCACCCCAGUCCACAGACUCCCACAGAGGGAUGGGAAAAAAAACUGAAAAAAAGGUCAUACCCAUGACCAUGGACUGAGAUAGGAAUAGUUUAAUAAUUUUUAAUAAUAAUAAUAACAAGAACAAGAGACAAGUAAAACCCAAGAAAGAUGAGUGAUGUACAGUACCCUUGCUUAGCACCCACUGAUGGAUGCCCACCCCAUCCCAGAGCAGCGACUGCCAGCUCUCCCCAGUUUAUAUACCGGGCAUGAUGUUCUGUGGUGUGGAAUAUCCCUUUGGCCAGUUCAGCUCAGCUGUCCUGGCCAUGCUUCCUCCUGGCUUCUUGUGCACCUCCUUGUUCGCAGAACAUGAGAAACUAAAAAGUCCUUGGCUUGGAGUAAGUGCUGCUCAGUAUCAACUAAAACCAUUAGUGUAUUAUCAACAUUAGUCUUUUCUACCACAGUGCUGUACCAGCUAAUAGGAAGAAAAUCAACUCCCAGCUGAAAGCAGAACAUGUAGUUAGUCAAAAUUAUGAAAAAGUUUUUUAGAAGAGGAAAACUUCAAUAUGGAAAAGGGUUUAGAAUAUAAGUUCAAAUGUUCAAAUUUGUGAACUUUAUAUAUACAUUCUUUUUGACCCUACAGAGCAUUUGGUAUUGGUGUUGGAAUGAUGUGCAAGUGUCUUCUAAAAUGUAUUUCCAAAAUGUCUGAAUUUUGUAUGCCAAGUACAUAGUGCUGCAUACACAAAACUGGUCCAGAUGGAGUAUGAUGAUGACACCAAUGUUUCACACCACAGCCUUGAAUGUGUACUUUUGAAAGUUGAGUAUGACAAAAUGGGCAAAUAUCAUAAGUUGUUCAUUAACACAAGUGCUGCCUCUGAUUAUAUUAAUGUUUUUUUAUUUAACUUGUAUUCUCUUUUAGCAUUUGCUGGAAAAUAAACUCCAAGUAAGCCA